UGUCUCGGCCAGUUUGGUCUCUGUCAUCACUCUCAGCAGCAGUUUGUCGACCCAAGGACUGAUUGGCUUUUUCUUUCCCGACUGGAGCUAUCCGCGGUGCUGAAACAUGAACCAAAGCGCGGGAGCAGCGCAGCACAGCCGGCGGUAUUCAAGUGAAGAUAAGGACAUAGGACCUAUUGGACCAGACAGAAACUGGAAAGGCAUUGCCAUUUCCUUGCUGGUUAUCAUGGCGGUGCUCUCACUCAUUGGACUAUCCAUUGUUCUGCUGUCAAAAGAUGACAGUGGUAAACCCUUUGGUUCAAGGUUGACACUUGAUGACCUCUUCCAAAGAAACUUCCAAAUACAUGAUCCUGAUGCAAAGUGGAUCGGUGAUGAGGAGAUCAUCUUUCGGACCUGGGAUGGAGACAUCAUGAAAGUCAACAUGAACAGCAACGAGACAGAACUCCUGCUGAAGAACACAACAUUUGCAACUUUUAAGGCGUCAAAGUUUGCCGUUUCUCCAGAUCUGAACUUUGUUCUUCUGGGAUAUGAUGUCACGCAGAUCUACCAGCACUCAUUCUUGGCAUCGUACCUGAUCUAUAACCUGUACACAAGAGAGGUGCGGGAGCUGAAUCCUCCCGAGGUGUCAGAUUCAGUCCUUCAGUUUGCCUCGUGGGGAGUUCACGGUCAGCAGCUGCUUUAUAUAUUUGAAAACAACAUUUACUACCAAACAGAUGUUCAGAGUAGCUCAUGGAGACUCACGUCUUCUGGACAGGAGGGGAUGAUCUUCAACGGCAUCACAGACUGGCUGUAUGAGGAGGAGGUGUUGCUCACACAGGUGGCCCACUGGUGGUCACCUGACGGCUCCAGACUGGCCUACCUCACCUUCAAUGAUUCCCUGGUUCCCAACAUGCUGCUGCCCCGUUUCACAGGCUCUCUUUACCCCAGGGGGAAGGAGUACCCUUAUCCAAAGAUGGGACAGAUCAAUCCCAUUGUCAGACUCUAUGUCGUCACACUGGAUGGCAGCUCUGUAACAACUGAACUGAGACCUCCUGACAGUCUUGAAAAGAGUGAGUACUACAUCACCAUGGUGAAGUGGGCGACACAAGGCAGGCUGAGUGUGCGUUGGGUGAAUCGAGCUCAAAACAUGUCAAUACUUUCUCUGUGUGACGUCACAACAGGUGACUGCACAAAGAGACACGUGAUGACAUCAGAGAAGUGGCUUGAUCGUCAGAAUGAGGAGCCAGUAUUUUCCAAGGACUGCACAACAUUCUUCAUCACUAUGCCCUUGAAACACGGUGGCCGCGGGACAUUCAACCAUAUCACCAUGAUCUCUAACCAAUCUGAGGGCCAAGAGGUCAACCUCCGCCACUUGACCUCAGGAAGCUGGGAAGUCUCUCAAAUUCUGGCCUAUGAUGAGAGCACAAAUUCAGUUUAUUUCCUAAGUACAGAGGAAGGCUCAACACAACGGCAAUUUUACAGAGUCUCCACUGCUGAUCCAUUUCGUAAAGAGUGUCUCACAUGCUCCCUCUUCAAAUCAAAGUGCACCUACUAUGACGCUCUUCUCAGCCCAAACUAUCAACAUGUUCUUCUCAGCUGCAAAGGUCCAGGAAUACCCCAAACUACCCUUCACAAACUAAGUGAUUUGAAUAAGCACAAGAGUGUGGAAAUAAACACAGUAUUAAGACAUGCACUGAUGAACAGAACAAUGCCUAAGUGGGAAAGAAGAACUGUACAAAUCAACAACUUUGCACUUCGUCUGGAGUUAAUUGUCCCAAUAGACUUGGAUGAAACACGGGAGCACCCACUUCUACUGAUUCUUGACAGCGCCCCUGGUGGUCAGGCUGUGAGCGACCGCUUCUCUCUCAGCUGGGAGUCUGUGCUGGUCAGUUCAGACAGCAUCAUCGUGGCUCGCCUGGAUGGCCGGGGCAGUGGCUUCCAGGGUCAGAGGAUCCUGCACGAGGUUCACCAGAGGCUGGGAACUGUUGAUGUUCAGGACCAGAUUGCAGUUCUGGAGCACCUGGUCAGGCUACCCUAUAUUGAUGGAAACAGAGUUGGAGUUUAUGGAAAGGCAUAUGGAGGAUUUCUUUCCUCUCUCCUGCUCCUCUCCUACAGCUCUAUGUUCCAGUGUGGCAUCGCUGUUGCUCCCAUAACAAAUUGGAGACUCCAUGGGUCGGCCUACAGUGAGAAAUACUUUGGCUCCCUAGCAAGAGUGGAUCACAGAUACCAAAUUUCCAGUCUGCUCAGUAACAUCACAGAACUGAGGCCUUUGGACUUUCUUAUUAUCCAUGGCACGGCAGAUGCCACUGUUCAUUUCCAGCAUUCGGCUGAGCUGGUCAAACUGCUGUCUGCGUCAAAUGUUAACUACACUCUCCAGAUUUUCCCAGAUGAAGGACACAAUAUUGUCUCCACCAAGAGCCAACACUACAUGCUAAACUCCAUGCUCACCUUCUUCAGGCGCUGCUUUGAAGAGGAGCAGGUUAUUGUUGUCCCGCAGACAUCUAAAGAGGAUGACUAGCCUGUAGAACCUCCUGUGAUGAGACAUUUUAGUGAAGAGUGUAGCAAUUGUUGUCAUGAGCCAACAAAGAGAGGCUGUGUUUUCCUG